CUUAGCUCUAAUAUGAAAGGUUCCGCCUGAUGUGUUUCCACCGGACUUGUGUGUAAGUCGGACCCGUUCAAGAUGUCAGUGGAGCAGGCGAGCUCGAGUGAGGCAGUCAAUGACACUGUUGAAGACGACAAAACACACUUGAUUAAAGGUGGUGCUUUCCUGGCUACUGUAGCCACAGCGGGCAUGAUUGCAGGGUUCGGCUCCACCCUUGCCAUGGCAAAGAAGAAGAGUCCAGAGUGGUUCAAUAAGGGUGUAGUGGGAACUGCUGCGGUGCCAGAAAGUGGUGCGUCGUUAGCACUGCGAGCGUUGGGAUGGGGUUCACUUUACGCCUGGUGUGGAGUUGGCGUCCUCAGCCUCACCAUUUGGAAGGUCCUGGGCGUCCACAGCCUAAAGGAUUUUCGCCAGAAAAUGCAAUCCAUUUUCCCCGCUAUCCCCAAAAAUGAAGAGACUCAAGAGAAUUCUGCUCCCUUUGACUGGAAUUCUAUCUUCAAGUCAAAAUGAGCAGAAAUUGUAAUUUAUUAUCAAGAAAUUGCAGCCUUAACUGACUGUCUGGAAAUAAUAUUUAUCAGAUGGUCAGUCCUGGUCAAGUGUGAGGCAACAGGUCAGUUCAAUCAUCUAUUUUUGACCCAGCAACUGGAUUAAGUAUAAACCAUGAAGUUACAGCACUGGAGAAUGCCUCAAUGAAGGCCCGGAGGACUCGGCGUGGUUGUGUUUGCCUUAAUUUCUUGUGCCACACUGGAUUUCACAAGACCUGUGUCAAGAGAUUUGGCAGUAUUAUGUUUGUUCAUACUGCAGUAUCUAAAGUAUGAGCUAUUUAAUUCAUACAUGUCAGGUCAAUUCUUUGCAGUCCAGCUAAAAACAGUGGUCUUUUUUGGUAACCAUACUUUUGGAACAUUUGUGUGGUCCUUGCAAAUAAUAUUACUGCCCUUUGGCCGGUGGUGUUUAAUGUUUAUACUUUAAAUGUAUCAAAUUAAAGCGGCUAUUGUGUUAAAUUGGUGUCAUGUGAUUGCAAGGUCUAAUAAAAACAUCUUAUAAUAGUCUUUGAAA